UAAAUAAUUCCCUUGAAAACCAAAAAGGAGUUCACCAUUCUCACAUCCAUUUCAACAUUAUUCCAUAAUUAUUCCAAACAUAUGAAGAUUGUAAGAAGUGUAUUUAAUUGUUCGUAUUGUUAUCUAUCAACUGGGUGGGAGUGGGGUUGGGCGACUAAGGCGGUCACUCUCCUCCCAUCGCUGCUCAGCAUGAUAAGAGCUGAAAAACCACGAAUGUGUAAGAAAACACCCCGACUCACCCUCAGCUUCAAGGUCUCGCAGUUUCUCCCAAUGACGGAUUCAAACUUGUUGGAUAAGGAGAUGACAGAGGACGAGAGGCUGAAAGGGAGCACAAAGAAGCAAGAGAAAGAAGAUGCCUGGAAACCAGAAGGACCCAGGGAUCCGUUCUCUCUGGUGUGUGUCCUCCUCGGAGUCUGGACGCUCUUCCGGAGAUGAAGCAGCAGGAGAUCCAGAGAGCCCUCCGCCUCUUCUCCAUCGGCCCGAGUCUGCCGAAGACCCUGCAGCAGGCCAGGACACACACUUUCCAUUUCUGGGACACACAGCCGGUCCCCAGACUGGGUGACGGUUUUGGGAGCCAUGGCCCAAUAGUGGAGGCUGAAGCCGGUCUCCGUAGGGAGCCCUACUCCCUCCCUCCAGGCUUCUCCUGGGACACUCUGGACCUGAGCAGCCCGACUGUGUUGAGAGAGCUUUGCACUCUUCUCAACGAGAACUACAGGGAAGAGGAUGACAACACUUUGAGGUGUGAGUUCUCGCUGGAGUAUCUGCAGUGGGCUUUACAACCUCCUAACUGGAUGGCCCAGUGGAACUGUGGCGUACGAGUACACGCCAAUAACAAAUUAGUCGGCUUCAUUGCCGCUCUUCCUGCAAAUGUGCGCAUGUAUGAGACGGAGAAGCGCAUGUCGCAGGUCAAAUUCCUGUGUGUUCAUAAGAAGCUGCGCCACAAGCGGAUGACCCCGGUUCUGAUCCGAGAGCUCACCAGACGGGUCAAGCAGCAGGGUCUCUACCAGGCCGUCUACACAGCCGGCAUCGUGCUGCCCACACCACUGAGCUCCUGCAGGUUCUGGCUUCGGCCUCUGAAUCUCCGAAAGCUGACCGAGGUGAGCUACCCGGGUCUGAGGCAGAACAUGGAGCUGCACAGAGCUCUCAAGUUCUACCGUCUGCCUGAGGUGACAAAGACUCCAGGUCUGCGCCCUCUGACUCAAGCAGACGUGAUGGGGGUCCACUCACUGCUGCAGGCGAACCUCCGCAAGUUUCACCUCAGCUCCAUGUUGUCUUUGCAGGAAGUAGAGCACUGGCUGCUACCCAGGGAGAGUGUGAUCGACACCUAUGUCGUAGAGGGUGAAGCUGGCACGCUGACCGACGUGGUGAGUUUCUCCAGCGUCUCCUCCAGGGUGCUGAAUCACCCCGUCCACACCGGGCUGAGAGCGGCUCAUCUCCUUUACGUCGCCGCUACCGCCACAGACCCGGUCGACCUGAUGGAGGACACGCUGGUCCUGGCUAAGUCUAGAGGGUUUGACGUCUUCUUUGCGCUCGACGUAAUGGAUAACAAGAGUUUCCUGGAAAGCUUAAAGUUCAGCGUCAUGGACAAGAGUCUACAUUUCUAUCUGUACAACUGGAGGUGUCCUAAUAUGAGCCCAGACAAGGUGGGCUUGAUGUUCCCCAACUAACCUGAGAAGUGGUGAAGAUGGAAACCAUCGUGCUCAUCGAAUGUCAUCACCACCAGCGUGCAUUGAGACUAAAAAAAGACAUUUUGUAAAACAACUCAGUCACCAAUCAAUUCAAGAAAUAAAAGCUGAAUUCCCUUUUUUUCCCCUGAAGGGUUGUUUAGGAGUUGUUCCUGAUCCGAUGUGAGGUCAAAGGUCAGGGAUGUCUAUGUGUACAGAUUGUAAAGCACUCUGAGACACAUUUCUAAUUUGUGAAAAUGGGCUACACAAAUAAACUGGAUUAACUUGAAUAAGAAUUCUAUUUGUAAAUACAUUAUUUAUCUGGAUAUCAAGUCUUUCUUUCAGCGUUUCUGCGACAGGAAAUGAUUAUUUCUGACAUGAUGGAGAAGCCAGUAACUAAUUAAUAACAGUAUUUUUACAUAACAUCUGGGGACAUGAGACUCCGCCCACUCCUCCUCCCCACCGCCAUCUGCCUGAUGGAUCGUGGAGGUCUCCAUCGUGGAAUAUGCCUACUAUGAACUAUUCAUACACUCUGUCAUAUUCAUUGAAUGUAUUUUAACUCUAAAUCUGUCCUUCUGUACACAUGACAUCUAUUGUUCUGUCCAUCCUGGAGAGGGAUCCUCCUCUGUUGCUCUCCUGCAGGUUUCUUCCUUUUUUUCCCCCUGAAGGGUUAUUUGGGAGUUUUUCCUGGUCCGAUGUGAGGUUUUGGGGCAGGGAUGUCUAUGUGUACAGAUUGUAAAGCACUCCGAGACAAAUUUGUAAUUUGUGAAAUUGGGCUAUACAAAUAAACUGAAUUGAAUUGAAUUGAAUUCAAUUUAAUUGAAUUAUCUUGUGUAAAGGGACAUUGUUUUCACAAAUUGUUGUUGAGUCAAAUAUGUAUUCAAGCAGCAUACAUUAAAUUGAAGCAAAAAUCU